AACGAUCUUCAGUAUUUGUUAAUAUUCGAGAUUCGACUAACCAGUGAAAUAAUUCGUCUAAUAAUUAUUGUUUACACUUUUUCGCAUUAUAAUGAAUAAAGAACUUAAGUAUUUAUCAGGGUUCGGUAAUGAAUUUGCAAGUGAAGAUCCUCGUUGCCCAGGUGCAUUGCCAGUAGGUCAAAAUAAUCCACAGAAAUGUCCUUAUGGUCUUUAUGCUGAGCAAUUGUCUGGUACUGCAUUUACUGCACCACGGGAAGAAAAUAAAAGAACAUGGUUUUACCGUAUAAAGCCAUCAGUAUGCCGCGGACUUCAUGAGCGCAUUAAAACUAAUAAUCUUACACAUGAAUGGAAAAUAGCUGAUCCAAAUCCGCUGCGAUGGAACGCAUUUGACUUACCAACACGUCAAGACCUACCAGUUGACUUUGUUGAAGGUCUUCAUACACUCUGUGGUGCUGGAGACUCUCGUAGUCGUCAUGGAGUAGCUAUUCAUAUUUAUUUAUGCAAUGCUUCUAUGAAAAAUUCAGCUUUUUAUAAUUCAGAUGGAGAUUUAUUAAUCGUACCCCAGUUGGGAAAUUUAUUAAUAACAACGGAAUUCGGCAAAUUGAAUUGUGAACCAAAUGAAAUUUGUGUAAUUCAACAGGGAAUGAAAUUUUCUGUAAAUGUUUUGGGACCAUCACGUGGAUAUAUUUUAGAAGUAUUUGAUAAUCAUUUUCAGUUACCGAAUCUUGGACCAAUUGGAGCAAAUGGUUUGGCAGCACCAAGAGAUUUUCUAACACCUGUUGCACAUUUUGAAGAUCUUGAAGAAGAAUUUAAGAUACAUUGUAAAUAUCAAGGCGAAUUGUUUGUAUCUACACAAAACCAUAGUCCAUUUGAUGUUGUUGCUUGGCAUGGAAAUUAUGUUCCUUAUAAAUAUAAUUUGAAUAAUUUCAUGGUCAUUAAUUCAGUUUCAUUUGAUCAUUGUGAUCCGUCAAUUUUCACUGUUUUAACGUGUCCAUCAUUAAAACCAGGAACAGCAAUUGCUGAUUUUGUUAUUUUCCCUCCAAGAUGGUCUGUUCAAGAAAAUACUUUCCGUCCACCCUAUUAUCACAGAAACUGUAUGAGCGAGUUUAUGGGAUUAAUUAAAGGCCGUUAUGAAGCUAAAGAAGAUGGAUUUCAAGCUGGAGGUGGUUCUUUGCAUACUAUGAUGACUCCACAUGGUCCUGAUGUUAAAUGUUUUGAGAGUGCUAGUAAUGCUGAUUUAAAACCUGAAAAAAUUGCAGAAGGCACUAUGGCAUUUAUGUUUGAAACUUCAUUAUGUAUGGGCUUGACUUCUUGGGCUGCUGAAAGCAAAAAACUUGAUACUAACUAUUACAAUUGUUGGAAAGGAUUGAAAAAAUAUUUCAAUGGUAAUUUUAAAGUUUAAUCAUUUAUUCAAAAUCUAUUGAUAUUUUUACUAACUUUUGUUUUACCUUCAAAUUAUAUAUGAAUAAAAAUUGUUUAUCAAAAUACAUUUAUCUAUAUUGUUGUUGAAUAAAUUGUAUACGA